ACGAAUCUCGCUGUGUUUGUCGUCCAUGUCUCGGAGCCCCAGGUUUCGCAGCUCAUAAAUCAUCAGACGGCCCACGGAUUUUGCGAUCCGAACCCGGCGAGCUAAUCUAGACCGUCGGAUUUGGGAUCAGCGGGAGACAUGGCGUACAGGUCGGACGACGACUACGACUACCUCUUCAAGGUCGUCUUGAUCGGCGACUCCGGCGUCGGCAAAUCCAACCUCUUGUCCAGGUUCACGCGCAACGAGUUCAGCCUCGAGUCCAAGUCCACCAUCGGCGUCGAGUUUGCCACCCGGAGCAUCCACGUCGACGAUAAGAUCGUCAAGGCCCAGAUUUGGGACACCGCCGGCCAAGAAAGGUACCGUGCAAUAACGAGCGCAUACUACAGAGGAGCUGUAGGUGCUUUACUUGUAUAUGAUGUCACCCGACAUGUUACGUUUGAGAAUGUUGAGAGAUGGCUAAAGGAGCUGCGGGAUCACACAGACUCCAAUAUAGUGAUAAUGCUUGUGGGCAACAAGGCCGACCUGCGUCACCUGCGUGCGGUUUCUGUUGAGGAUGCCAAAGCCUUUGCGGAGAGAGAAAACACCUUCUUUAUGGAGACUUCGGCACUUGAGUCUAUGAACGUUGAGAAUGCAUUCAGUGAAGUCUUGACCCAGAUUUACCAAGUUGUGAGCCGGAAAGCACUUGAGGUUGGAGAGGAUCCUGCAGCCGUGCCUAAAGGACAAACCAUAAACGUUGGAGGCAAGGAUGAUGUUUCAGCCAUCAAGAAAGAUGGGUGUUGUUCUGCCUAAUCAGAAGGGUGAUGGGAACAUGACCAAAAAGGAAAAAGGAUGAUAGGUCAAGAUCAAAUGCGCUGUCCUUUCACUUUGCUGCCCCUUUAGUUUGAGGUUUUCUACCUCACAACUGGAGGAUUUUCUCUUGAACUUUUUGAUGUAAUGAUCGUGUUUUCCGGUGCUUGAGUUUUGGGGUCGGCUUGUAAGUUUGGAGUCUUAAAGAAAUCUCACAGCUUCUAUCUUA